UUUUUAUCUGUUACAAGAAAUUGCAGCAAGUCAAUUGCAAUUCGUUAAUUGUCGAGCGUUUUCGAACAGUUACAUAACCGAUUUAAGCAAAAAUGGCUCUACCCGAUGGACUGUCUAACAAAAUGAAGGUUUUCCAGGCUGUCAACGAGCUGCCCGUUUUUCUGAAAGGCGGCCCAGCGGACAAGGCUUUAUUCGGCAUUACUGCUGGAUUGUGCGGCGUUGGCAUCCUCAGCUUUAUCCAUUUGGUCUACACAAUGGGUUUCGCCAAGAAGAAGGCUUAAAUUAAGUGAUUAAAUACUUUCUUGAUUAAAGAAAUAUUAAACUAA